AUGCUACUCUUCGGCCUCGGUGGCCUCUUCUACGUUGCUGUACUCCUCGUCAACGCUAUAGCAAUCCUUUCCGAAGACAGAUUCCUCGCACGCAUCGGCUGGACAGCCUCCGCAGAACCUGGAUUCGGUGGCCAACGCGAUGAUUCGAGCAUCAAAGCACGGUUGAUCAAUUUGGUGUCUUCAGUACGGACGCUAAUGAGGAUACCGCUCAUUUUCAUCAACGUCCUCAUGAUAGUCUACUUGCUCGUCUUGGGAUGA